UUUUUGAACGCGUUCUGGUACCACGAAAAAAUGAAACGCGAUAUAGCGUUCCAUUGGCAGAAACCGCGCCACUGCGUAUUGUGGCUGGCGUCUCUUUGUGAGGUCUGGUUUCGUGGUGUAGCUUGAUAUUAUUGUCUGUGAAGAAGUUCAUCAUGGGGAAGGACAAAGACAGGAAGAAGAAGAAGAAUAAGAAGGAGGAGGUGGUGGAAUCUGACAGUACGUCUGAUUCAGGGCCUGAAGAUGUCAAUCCUCCGCCAUCAAAGAAGACCAAGCCAAAUACUUCUAGCUCCAAGAAAGAUGAUGAAGAACCAUCUUGGUUCCUCGACAAGAACCGAUUUAUUAAAGUGCGAGAAUACAGGGGGAAAGUGUAUGUUGACAUCCGCGAGUACUAUGAAGCAGAUGGUGACCUGAAGCCUGGAAAGAAAGGUAUCAGUCUGUCGACUACGCAGUGGCAGAAACUGAAGAGCUUGAUAAGUGAAGUGGAUGAUGCUGUCAAGGAAAAGUGUUGAGUGUGUGUGUCUGUAUUUAUGUGUGUUUCUGGUACACUGUAAGUUUCACUGUUCAUUUAACUGCUGCAACUUUUAAAAUAUGUGUGUAAAUUUUAUGAGUAAAGUACAGAUGUAGAAUGA